UUACCGUCAGAGCCACGUAAAAGCUCAUCAGACUUUCUAACCUUGUAGUGGUGGGAAAGUGGAAUUGUGAAGAUUUUCCGAAUUAAUAUUAAUAACAGACAUAAUAAUGGACAUGGAUGAGGUUGCGAAAUUGGAGCAUUUGUCUCUUGUUUCAAAAAUAUGCACAGAGUUGGAGAAUCAUUUAGGCCUAAAUGAUAAGGAUUUAGCUGAAUUUAUUGUUGACCUGGCCGAAAAAAAUAACAGUUUAGAGUCGUUCAAAAAAGUACUCGUCGAAAAUGGGGCUGAAUUCUCGGACUCCUUCAUGGCAAAUCUUCUGAGGAUUAUACAACACAUGAAACCGUCAAAACAGUUGAAUGACAAAUCUCACAAUGCAAACCACAGGCAGGAUGACUUGUCGUUAAAGUUCCCAGGCCUGGCUAUACCAAAUGAGCAUAAGAACCUCCAGCCUAUUAAAGAGGAGAAGGAUGAAGAUGUAGUUAAUGAUACCAUGGCUGCGCUAGAAGCCCUCGCUCCUUCAGGUUCAAAAACUCAACCUGAUUCAAAGAAAGAGCAAGAAGGACCUGUAGUUGAUGCCGCUAACGAUAAAAAAGAUAAAGAUAGAGAUAGGAGAAAAAACAGAUCAAAAGAUCGCAAGCGGGACAGAUCAACAUCACGUAAUCAUAGAGAUAGAAAACACAGAUCACGAUCACGGGAUCGGUCCAGAUCUAGAGACAGAAAUCGGGAUCGGAGACGCCGUGCGUCAAGAGAUCGCAAGAGAUCUAGAUCAAGAGGUGCACGUUCAAGAUCCCGAAAUAGACGUUCCAGAUCACGGGAUCGCAAGAUUUCUAAACGCAACAAACGGCAUGAAACGGAACGCUCAAGAUCGCGUUCUGUAGAAGAACUUGCAGUUGAUCCAGAAGUGGGAAAAAUUUACACUGGAAAAGUUGCAAAUAUUGUUCAGUUUGGGUGUUUUGUACAGCUGGAAGGUUUGAAGCGCAGAUGGGAGGGUUUGGUUCAUAUUUCACAACUUCGGCGCGAAGGUCGUGUUGCCAGUGCCAGUGACAUCGUUUCAAGAGGACAAAAAGUGUUGGUCAAAGUACUGAGUGUAGCUGCUCAAAAGGUUUCUCUGAGCAUGAAAGAUGUUGACCAAGAGACUGGAAGGGAUUUGAAUCCAGUUGUGAGUAUUGCCAAGGCAGACGAGGAUGAAAAACAUUUACGAAAUCCUGACAGACCAACAUCUUUGCUGGAACUGCAAGGACAUUUAGAUGAGGAUGAAACAUAUUCUAGAAAACGUGUGCAAAGAUUAUCCUCCCCUGAAAAAUGGGAAAUAAAGCAAAUGAUGUCAGCAGCUUGUAUCGACAGGAGCGAACUUCCAGAAUUCGAUAUUGAAACGGGAAUUUUGCCUCGUGAGGACGAUGAAGAAGAAGAUGUUGAGAUUGAAUUGGUAGAAGAAGAACCACCAUUCUUACAUGGGCACGGUAGAGCUCUUGGUGAUUUGAGUCCUGUUCGAAUUGUAAAGAAUCCUGAUGGAUCGUUGGCACAAGCUGCUAUGAUGCAAAGUGCUCUGGCAAAGGAGAGACGAGAACAGAAAAUGCUACAAAGGGAGCAAGAAAUGGAUUCCAUACCUGCAGGACUGAACAAAAAUUGGAUUGAUCCUUUACCUGAUGCGGAAAGUCGAACUUUAGCUGCAAACAUGCGUGGUAUAGGAUUACAGACACAAGACCUUCCGGAAUGGAAAAAACACGUAAUUGGUGGUAAAAAAUCCUCAUUUGGUAAAAAAACCAAUCUAACACUGUUGGAACAGAGACAAAGCUUGCCAAUUUACAAGCUCAGAGACGAACUGGUAAAAGCAGUAACAGAUAAUCAAAUUCUUAUCGUCAUUGGCGAAACCGGAUCUGGUAAAACAACACAAAUUACUCAAUAUCUUGCCGAAGCUGGUUUUACGUCGCGUGGUAAAAUAGGAUGCACUCAGCCAAGACGAGUCGCUGCAAUGUCUGUAGCCAAAAGAGUUGCCGAAGAAUUUGGUUGUAGAUUAGGACAGGAAGUUGGAUAUACAAUACGUUUUGAAGACUGUACUAGUCCUGAAACCAGCAUAAAGUACAUGACAGAUGGUAUGUUACUCCGAGAGUGCCUCAUGGAUCUUGAUUUGAAAAUGUAUUCUGUUAUAAUGUUGGAUGAGGCACAUGAGCGUACUAUCCAUACAGACGUACUCUUUGGUUUAUUGAAACAAGCUGUCGGCCGACGUCCAGAUUUGAAGCUCAUCGUCACUAGUGCUACUCUCGAUGCUGUUAAAUUUUCACAGUACUUCUUUGAAGCACCGAUAUUUACAAUUCCUGGGCGGACAUUUCCUGUUGAAGUGAUGUACACAAAAGAACCAGAGACGGAUUAUUUAGAUGCUGCAUUAAUAACUGUGAUGCAGAUUCACUUACGCGAACCACCUGGAGAUGUUUUGUUAUUUUUAACUGGACAGGAAGAAAUUGAUACUGCUUGUGAAAUUUUAUAUGAAAGAAUGAAAUCUCUGGGCCCAGAUGUACCUGAGUUGAUCAUAUUACCAGUUUAUUCUGCGUUGCCCUCCGAAAUGCAAACAAGAAUAUUUGAGCCUGCUCCACCUGGAUCCAGAAAAGUUGUCAUAGCAACAAAUAUUGCAGAAACGAGUCUCACUAUCGAUGGUAUAUACUACGUCGUGGAUCCGGGUUUUGUUAAGCAAAAAGUUUAUAAUUCUAAGACUGGAAUGGACAGUCUAAUUGUCACGCCCAUUAGUCAAGCAGCUGCUAAACAGAGAGCUGGUAGAGCUGGAAGGACCGGUCCUGGAAAAUGUUAUAGAUUAUACACGGAAAGAGCUUACAGAGAUGAAAUGUUGCCAACGCCAGUGCCAGAAAUUCAGCGAACGAAUUUAGCAACAACAGUUUUACAGUUAAAAACCAUGGGAAUUAAUGAUCUGUUACACUUUGACUUCAUGGAUGCUCCACCUGUUGAAUCUUUGAUUAUGGCGUUAGAGUCCCUGCACAGUUUGAGUGCUCUAGACAACGAAGGGUUAUUGACAAGACUGGGCAGGCGCAUGGCUGAAUUUCCACUAGAACCGAAUUUAUCCAAAAUGUUAAUUAUGAGCGUCCACUUGCAAUGCUCAGACGAAAUUCUUACCAUUGUCAGCAUGCUUUCAGUACAGAACGUUUUCUACAGACCCAAAGAUAAACAAGCACUUGCAGACCAAAAGAAGGCAAAGUUUAACCAGGCAGAAGGCGAUCAUUUGACAUUAUUAGCAGUUUACAAUUCUUGGCGCAAUAAUAAAUUCAGUAAUGCUUGGUGCUACGAAAAUUUCGUGCAAAUAAGGACUUUGAAAAGAGCUCAAGAUGUUCGCAAACAGCUGCUAGGUAUAAUGGACAGGCACAAAUUGGACGUCGUGUCUGCUGCAAAAAAUACAGUGAGAGUACAAAAAACUGUAUGUUCUGGAUUCUUCAGAAACGCGGCGAAAAAAGAUCCUCAAGAAGGAUACAGAACGCUGGUUGAUAGCCAAGUUGUUUACAUUCAUCCAAGUAGUGCAUUAUUCAAUAGGCAGCCUGAAUGGGUGAUUUACCAUGAACUUGUCCAAACCACAAAAGAAUAUAUGCGAGAGGUGACGACCAUUGAUCCGAAGUGGCUGGUCGAAUUUGCACCGGCAUUUUUCAAAUUCAGUGACCCUACGAAAUUGAGUAAAUUCAAGAAGAAUCAACGAUUAGAACCAUUAUACAACAAAUAUGAAGAACCUAAUGCGUGGCGUAUAUCCAGAGUUCGAAGGCGUAGAAAUUAGACUGAAUAUUCGUAUUUUGAAGCUAUCAAUUAUACAUAUUAUGUUUUCAUCUUGAAACCAACAUUACCAAUGCUGAAAUCAACCACAAACGGUCCGUCUUCAUGGCCUGAUGAAAGUAAUUUUGUGAGAAACACAGUGGAUUGGGACAUGUUGAUUCAAAUUAUUGGAAGGGUGUAAAAAUUUCGGGGUGUAAGUCAUUCUCAAUUUUUGUGAUAAAUUGACGGUAUCCAAUCAGCCCUGGAUAAUUUUAUGUACAGGACACAUGAGAAAAUGUGUGUCGUCAACAGGAUAAGAUUAUACAUGGACGAAUAAAAAUUAAUUUACCUAUUCUGUAUGUAUUGU